AUGGAAGACUGUGAUAAUUAUUGUCUAGGAAAUCUCUGCCGACUACAUAAGCUGGAGGAAUUUGCAUGCAUUAUUGAUUGGAAUUGGAAGAAAAGUGAGGUGGCAAGGGACUUGAUGAUCACGUUCCUGAUUUCGCUCAGGAAGCUGAUUCUGAAAGGCACGUGCUAUAAUGCGGUUGUGGGGCCUGAGUGGGAAACAGUCGAUGGCGGAUUCCCGAGUUUGAAAUACUUGGAAAUCAAUUGGAACUCUGAUCUUGAAGAGUGGAGGACGGAGGCCACGCACUUCCCGUGCCUCGAGCAACUCAGACUGCUGAAACUACUAAAGCUGGUGGAGAUUCCAUUAGGAAUUGGGGAUAUACCCACGCUUAAGGAGAUCAAUAUGGUGUUUUCACUACAAAAAGAUUGUUAUAUUCCAACGGAGAAUCCUAUGGAAAUAUAUUCCAAUGGAAAUUUUAACGAAUAUUCUAAUGACUCCGUGGUGCUUUCUGCAAAGAAGAUAUUAGAGGAACAAGAGAAAUGUCAUGGGGAGGUGGGGCUUCAGAUUACAAUUUUCUAA